UGGAAGCUGCAGCCUGCGAACUAGUCGGCGGCUCGGGCGCCGGCGGGGAGCGGCGCCGCGGCGGGCAGUGUAACCUUGGGUGGGAGCGCACGGCGCUUCAAAAUGUCCUCCAGUGGCACCCUCAGCAACUACUACGUGGACUCGCUCAUAGGCCAUGAGGGCGACGAGGUGUUCGCCGCGCGCUUCGGACCUCCGGGGCCCGGCGCGCAGGGCAGGCCCGCAGGUGUGGCCGACAGCCCGGCCGCUGCCGCCGCCGAGUUUGCCUCGUGUAGUUUUGCCCCCAAAUCGGCCGUGUUCUCCGCCUCGUGGUCCGCGGUGCCCGCCCAGCCCCCGGCGGCGGCGAUGAGCGGCCUUUACCACCCGUACGUGCCCCCGCCGCCCCUGGCCGCCGCCGCCUCCGAGCCCGGCCGCUACAUGCGCUCCUGGAUGGAGCCGCUGCCCGGCUUCCCGGGCGGCGCAGGCGGCGGCGGUGGCGGAGGCGGUGGUGGCCCGGGCCCUGGUCCCAGCCCCGGCCCCAGCGGCCCACCCAACGGGCGCCACUACGGGAUUAAGCCUGAAACCGGAGCAGCCCCGACCCCCGCCGCUGCCGCCACCUCCACCUCCUCCUCCACUUCCUCGUCUUCCUCCUCCAAACGGACUGAGUGCUCCGCAGCCCGGGAGUCCCAGGGGAGCGGCGGCCCCGAGUUCUCCUGCAACUCGUUCCUACGGGACAAGGCGGCAGCAGCGGCUGGGGGAACCGGGCCCGGGGCAGGGAUCGGGUCCGGGUCCGGGGCAGGCGGCUCGUCGGAGCCCUCGGCUUGCAGCGACCACCCGAGCCCCGGCUGCCCGCUGAAGGAGGAGGAGAAGCAGCAUCCGCAGCCGCCGCAGCAGCAACUUGACCCAAACAACCCCGCAGCAAACUGGAUCCACGCUCGCUCCACCCGGAAAAAGCGCUGUCCCUACACCAAAUACCAGACGCUUGAGCUGGAGAAGGAAUUCCUCUUCAACAUGUACCUCACCCGGGACCGGCGCUACGAGGUGGCAAGAAUUCUAAACCUCACAGAGAGACAGGUCAAAAUCUGGUUCCAGAAUCGUAGGAUGAAAAUGAAAAAGAUGAGCAAGGAGAAAUGCCCUAAAGGAGACUGACCCGGCGCGCGCCGGCCUGACCGCUCUGCUGUGCAAAGGCAGUGGGGUUUUUCUUUGUGGGUGCUUGAUUUCCAGAAACUCUCCAGCGAUUCGGACAUUUGUUUCCCCUUUUUUAGGUAGAAGUGACAGUGUGGUUGGUCUCUGUGAGGUAUUUGGGGGGCUCUGUAUUUGCUCGCUUAUGUGUUGGAGAAACCAAGUGGCUUUGGGGUUUUGCCCUAUCCCGCUCCCUCCCUUUUCUGCCCGAUGGUUCCUUAGGAAAUGCUAUAUUUGUGAGUGCACGCUGGCUUGAGGAGCCCUCUCCUGUGUAAAUGUCCCCUAUGUUUCUGAAAAGUGUUGUAGUUUAGCCCCCAGCGCUGCUCACGCAGGGGCCAAGCGCACCCCACUUCCAAGAAUGAAGGCAGAGCGAGACAGUGCGGAGGCCGCCCCAGGCGGAGGCCUGGCCAGGUUGCCCACCGGUUAUGAAAGCCCCCUUUCCUCAGGUAGCCCGUGGACCCUGCACUGAGACCUGGAAUGAGGCUGGGAGAGAAGCUCAGGGCCUCUGGUGGGUCGGGGGUUUAGUCUCAGUGCGCUGGGGGAGCUGCUGUCUCCCAGGGAGGGCUCAGCUCGCGUGGGCGGCGGCGGGUGUAGGCCCUCUGGGUUCCUACCUGAGGACCAGUUGUAAAUGUUACUGCUUCCUAUCAAUAAAUGCUGACCUGAUCAAAUGGA